AUGGCAACCCCCAACCGCCCGCUCAUAAUCGGCGACGACUCCGGGCCGUCACCGCCCUACCCGCUGCGCAUGUCCGGCCUAGUAAUAAGCGGUUUCGGCCGCGGCUCCAAAGAGCUCGGCAUCCCGACCGCCAACCUGCCCGUCGACGACGCGCUCACCCCCUGGAUCUCCUCGGUCCCGUCGGGCGUCUACUUCGGCUGGGCCGCCCUCAACCUGCCGCCCUCCCACCCGGAUUACUCACCCACCACCACCACCACUACCAGCACCACCACAACAACCACCACCACCAACCAAGAAACCAACGCCUCAGCCCCCCCACCAGAGCAGCCCACCCCGGGACGAAGCAACAACCCAACAACCUUCACCGUCUUCCCCAUGGUGAUGUCAAUCGGCUACAACCCGUUCUACAAGAACACGGUCCGCUCGGCCGAGGUGCACGUGCUGCACGCGUUCGGGGCGGACUUCUACGGCGUCGAGAUGCGGCUGCUGAUCUGCGGCUUCGUGCGCGAGGAGCGCGACUACGCCGGGCUGGAGGCGCUGGUGGCGGACAUCCGGUUCGACUGCGACGUGGCGCGGCGCAGCCUGGCGCGGCCCGCGUGGGCGCCGCGCGGGCUGGCCGUCGCCGUCGAGGACGUGCCCGGGGAGGAAGAGGAAGGGGAGGAGGGGAGGAAGAAGGAGAAGGUGGUGCUGACCGGGGGCCGGUUGGAGGCUGGCUGGUUGGUUGGGGAGGAGGAGGGGGACAGAGAGGGGAGGUGA